AUGGGAACUCCAGAGACUACACGAGAGCCAUGUCCCGACCGUAUCUUAGAUGACAUCGGCGGUGCGUUCGGCAUGGGUAUCACCGGAGGAUCCGUCUAUCACUUCAUCAGAGGAAUCGUCAACUCUCCCUCCGGCGCUCGUCUCUCCGGCGGCGCACAGUACGUACGUAUGAACGCUCCCCAAGUCGGAGGAGGCUUCGCCGUGUGGGGCGGUCUCUUCUCGACCUUGGACUGCGCCAUGGUGUACGCUAGACAGAAGGAAGAUCCGUGGAACUCAAUCUUCGCCGGCGCCGCCACCGGAGGCCUUUUAUCGCUUCGUCAAGGCUUCCGCGCCUCCGGUAGAGCGGCUCUUGCCGGAGGUGUGAUUUUAGCUCUCAUAGGAGGAGUCCAGAUCGCUGCGGACAAGUUAGCGAGUGCUGCGCAGCAUCAGCAGGCUAUGAUGGGUGAUGUGGCGGUGGCCUCGUUACCACCUGGUCAGGUUUUUGGACAGGCCGUGCCAGUGGCAGAGAGUUCUUCUGCUUCGGAGGUUGGUUCAGGUUCGGGAUCUUGGUUUGGAGGUUUGUUUGGGAAAGGGAAGAAGAAGGAGGCUGAGGGUGAGACAGGGAGCAAAACUCAGGUUCUUGAGAGCUUUGAUGCGCCUCCUGUCCCAACUUAUGAGUUUAACUAA